CUGAAGCCCGACGCCUUCCAUAUGAACCCAAAGAAGUCCGAUGUCCCCAGUUUCCUGGAGACGGCGAAGUGGAUCCCAGAUAUAGGGCCGCUCAGAUUUCUGUACGCGUUCUCGAAGAGUGUCUUCCCCUUGGAUAUGAGUCAGUACGGACGCCUGUUCAACUCCACACGCCUGCCCCGCGAGAAGAA